AUAAUUAUUUUACCUGACGGCUUGUGUUUUUUGACAACAAACUAAUUUUUUAAACGAUUAUAAAUUAUAACUAAAGCAAGAGUUUAAUAAAGUCGUGCGCAAGCAUGCCGAAAUACUACUGCGACUAUUGCGACACCUAUUUGACGCACGAUUCGCCGUCUGUACGCAAAACACAUUGCACGGGCAGGAAACAUCGUGACAAUGUGAAGUUCUACUACCAGAAAUGGAUGGAAGAGCAGGCACAGCACUUGAUUGAUGCUACUACGGCUGCGUUUAAGGCAGGCAAGAUCACAAACAAUCCAUUUGCCGGUCCGCCGCCUGGUGCCAAGCCCGCUGGAGUUUCGAUACCACCACCCAACAUGGCACCACCUCGUCCUGGCAUGCCAAUGAUGCCGCCUUACAUGCCACCAAUGCUGAAUCCACUAAUGGGUCCCGGCGGUAAUAUGCCGCCGCCAAUACUAAAUCCUAUGGCUAUGAUGGGUCCGCCACCACCGCUUGGAACAAGGCCACCACCAAUGAUGAACGGUCCUAAAUAACAAAGAAGGAAUAGUAGUAUUAAGUCAGUAAACAAAGAUAUGUAAAUGCAUAUUAGUUAAUAUAAAAAUCAUAAAUAUACACUGCA